CGUGCGAUUCUCCUCUUCAGACCACCUUCUUCCUUUCUUUUACUUUCAAAAAGUCUUCCACGUUCUUUGUUUUCAGAUCUGGCCUUGCCCAGAGAAAAGAAGAGAGAUACAAGCACAAAAGAGAGAGAGAAAAACAGGAAAAAGACAGAAACGACCAGACAUGGAUCUGAAACCCCCCCCAUUCUCUUCAAUGUGGAGAGGGAAAGAAAAGAAUAUCAGAAAGAGUUUCUUGAGAGCAAAGAACCAAAUAGAGAAAGAAAAGAAGAACAAAGAAAGAAGGAAGAAGAAGAUCGAAAAGAAGAUAGAUGGGUUUGUCUUAAAGACCCAACACUACUUAGUCAUUCUGUUAAAUUUCAAUCUCUCUUGUUCACAAGCCUUGCCCAGAGAGAAGGUGAGAAGUACGAGCAUAGCAGAGAGAGAAAGAGGGGAAAAAGACAGAAACGAGCAGACAUGGAUCUGAAACUCUCCAUUCUCUUCAAUGUGGAGAGGGAAAGAAAAGAAUAUCAGAAAGAGGUAAGGAAGAAGAUGAUAGAAAACAAAUUAAAUUGUCCUCUCUCUACCAUUCUAUUUCUUUUUCAGUUUAUUGGGAGUAAAGAGCCAAAUAGAGAAAGAAAAGAAGAGCAAAGAAAGAGGGAAGAAGAAGAUCGAAAAGAAGAUAGAUGGGUUCUCUUAAAGACCCAACAGUAUUGAAAGAUUCAAUCUCUUGCCCACAAGUCUUGCGCAGAGAGGAGAGAAAUACAAGCAUAACAACGGGAGAGAACGGGGAAAAAGAUAGGAAAGAACAGACAUGGGUCUGAAACUCUUCGUUCUCUUCAAUGUCGGGAGGGAAAGAAGCGAAUAUCGGAAAGAGAUGAGGAAGAAGAAGAUAGAAAACAAGAUUAAAAUGGUUCCUUCUAUCAUUCUUUUUCUUCUUCAGUUUCUUGAGAGCAACGAACCAAAUAGAGAAAGAAAAGAAGAACAAAGAAAGAAGGAAGAAGAAGAUCGAAAAGAAGAUAGAUGGGUUUCUCCUCAAGACCCAACACUACUUAGUCAUUCUGUUAAAUUUCAAUCUCUCUUGUUCACAAGCCUUGCCCAGAGAGAAGGUGAGAAAUACAAGCAUAACGGAGAGAGAAAAAGGGGAAAAAAUCAGGAACGAGCAGACAUGGAUCUGAGACUCUCCAUUCUCUUCAAUGUGGAGAGGGAAAGAAAAGAAUAUCAGAAAGAGGUAAGGAAGAAGAUGAUAGAAAACAAAUUAAACUGUCCUCUUUCUUCCAUUCUAUUUCUUUUUCAGUUUAUUGGGAGUAAAGAGCCGAAUAGAGAAAGAAAAGAAGAGCAAAGAAAGAGGGAAGAAGAAGAUCGAAAGAAGAGAUAUGUCUUUCUCUUCAAAGACCCAACGGUAGCCGGAGUAUGAUGAGAUGUUCCCUUCACUAUUCAGUGAUCAUCCUAAUAUAUUUCCUCCACACCUGUCGACAUGGGCUAGUGAACUUUGGCACUGAAAUAGCAUGAAAGGUAUGUCCGUAGACAGGAAGCUGAGAACUUGCUCAAUUCCAGUUGGUGGCUUCCUGAAACACUCAGUAUCUCUUCUCUCUCUCUCUUUAAUCAUUCUUAAACUUAAUCUUUAAUCUUAGAAUGCGAUUGAAUGAUUUCGUCAGUUGCUUGAAAGUAACUUGUUUACUAUUUGCAAAAUAAUAUGCACUCGUUAUAA